CCGAAGGGGUGUGCGAGGGGAACAAAAGCGUUGGCGGGCCUUGGCCGGUGUGCUCGGCUCUGCUUUCUCUCCGGUGGGGAUGGGCAGUGAGAGACGCGUAGGCUCUUCUAAGGAAACAAGGCUGUAACGUCUUUUUCGGGUGGAAGCAUUGGCGGCUGUUGGUACAGGGAUGUGUCGAGGAGGAGGCUCAGGGGAGGGAGACAGCUUCCUCUCAGGCCCCUGAAUAUAAAGGCUGGUCUUGCUUUAAUACCAGCUUAAUUAUUUUUGCAAUAUUUACGAUUGGCUGCAAUUUUAUUUAUUGGGGUUUUUUUACGGUUGAUAGCAUCUAUCCGAUAGUCGUGGGAGACCUUAAAGGUUUAAUCUGUGACGGAAAUUGUUAAGGUUAUUUGUAGUGUGUGUAGUUUUGUAAAUCCUGAUUAUCUCAAUGCUUGCUUGCUUCUCGGUGUACCUGUCAUCAUCUUUUUUUGCUCAUAUAUGCAGAUUCUAUUUUUGUAUGGGAAAAAAAGAACAGCUUUGCAGCUUUUGUUAAUGGUAGGAAGAUGAGAAACAUAACUGAGUUUUCCAAUGUUUAACUUGUUUCCCGGAAUAUAGUGAUACAGAAUUAGUUGCGAUGUUGUUUUCCCUUCGUGGUCUUGGAAGUACAUGGAAGGGUAAUGUUAUUACUCUUUGCAGCUUAGUUAACAUGAAGAUGGAGGACUAUGAAAUAUUCUGUAAGAAGCAUCUUUCCAGAAUCCAAGAAGAGGCAAUAAAAAGAGAAGCCUCUGUCACUGUUCAGCACAGAAAUAUCUCCCUCAUUCAAUUCCAUGGCGUUCCUGUGCUUUCCCCUCUGCUUAACCUUGAAAAGAAAAAGGAAAUACAGCAAUAUAAACAGAAAGCACUGGACCUAGAGACCUGGAGACAGAACUCCCGGAAAAGAGCUUUAUUGAAUCGUGUUCAGGAGAUUCUAGAAAAUGUUCAGAUCAGGAGAGGACCUAGCGUGAGUGAUGUGAACGCACAGGAGGCUGAGAAUAAUUGCCCUGAUUCAGAUUCAAAAGCUUCGACUGACUUCGCAGCUCUAUCAGAUGUCAAUGUGGCGUGUUCUCCUGAAAGGCAUGGUUCCACAGAGCUUGAAAAGACACCAGAACUUACGCCAUCAGAUACUACUGGGCAGAUGACAUCCACUGUGACAGAAGUAUUUAAAGCAGCAGAAGAAAAUGUUUUUUCAAAGCAAAGUGAGAAUUGCAUCUCAAAAGACGUACCUUGUCCAAGGGCUGCGUCUCCUGACAACAUGCAUAAUAAGCUUGCGUCACAUGCUUUGCAAAAGAAAGAGGGACUAGGAGGGUUGCCAUCAGAUGAGGAAGUCCAAGAUCCAUACGUAAUGAGUCUUCAGAACCUGAUGAAGAAAUCUAGGGAGUACAUAGAGAAAGAGCAAACCAAACGUAGCUCAAAAAGUAAUUCAAAGAGGAGUAUGAGUGAAAGUCAUUCAGAUAAAGAAAAUGAUGGUGUUAUAACAACUGACCCUGUGAAAGAAAGAGGAAAGCUUAUCAGCAGAAGUUGCACCACUCCAACACUUGAUAAACCCAGUCUUAAUAAAUCAAAUACCCUUCUCCAAGGUGCCUCUACUCAUACAAAUAACACAAGUAUGUCCGCUUUAUCCAGUUUUUCUAAAGUGGACAUACCUAUGAGAGUUGGAACACCCCCAUUGGUGGAUUCGGAUUCAGAUGAAGAAUUUAAAAAGACUUCUAUGUUUGAUCGUGACAGUAGCAUUGUCAGGAGCCUCACGGGCUCUUACGCCAAAUUGCCAAGCCCAGAGCCAAGCAUGAGCCCUAAAAUGCACCGAAGGCGCCCAAGACCUUUAUCAAUGGGACACAUCGUUAUAAAUAACCCUGUGAAUGCUUACGAGUUAAGUCCUAAAGGCAAGGGUAGAGCGAUGGAUUUAAUCAUGCAAGAUAUUGCAGAUAAAAAUAAUGUGUCUGAAUCAGUGCCAAAGUUCAUGGUGGACUUCACUAUGGUUUGCCCUGGCAGAGUUCCCAGUGUCAACAGGAAUUCUUCAGGCCCUUAUGAUGGGCUGGGGGUGGGCAAACCGAAUCGCCAUUCCUUUGGGCACUUGGAAAGCAAAGGAACGUUGUUGGCUGCAGUGGAAGGACAGGUAGUGAUGGACAGCAGAGGGCCAUAUAAGGUAGAGACUAGUACUAAUAUUGUAGCUCCAAAAUUGAAUGACCCAUUUGCCAUCAGUCAGUCUACAGUAGCACAGAAGCUCCUACCUGCGAAUGAAACCAAACCGUCUAGUUUGCUAGAAAAUACUAAAUGUAAUUCUCCAGUAGAACUCAAUAAAUCUUACGAUGUAGAAAACCCAUCCCCGCUACUAAUGCAGAGCAAGAAUAUGCGACAGCAGAUGGACACUCCAAGUGUUUCCCCAGCAAGCGAGCAGUUUCUAGAAAAUAGUUUUGAAAAGGUAAAACGUAGACUUGAUUUGGACACCGACAACUGCCAAAAGGAAAAUGGUCCCUGUGUUCUAACAGUUGGAAUGGAAGAACAAGAGAAGCAGUGGUUGCAAGAACAGAAAUACCCUGUGGCAUCAGUUUACAUUACCAAGAAUGCAGCCCCUGAUAGUAUGGCAAAAGAAGAUAUUUUAAAAACUAAAAUGUUGGCCUUUGAAGAAAUGAGGAAGAGACUUGAAGAACAGCAUGCACAACAGCUGUCGAUUCUGAUAGCUGAACAAGAGAGAGAACAGGAGAAAUUGCAGAAGGAACUGGAAGAGCAGGAGAGAAAGUUGAAAGGAAAGAAGGUUGCUACAACGGAAAUAGAAAUUUCUAAAGUGAAUAUUAACAGUAGAAUGGAGUUGGAGUGGAGGAAAAAAAGCGAAAGUGGCUUGCUGGAAAGUGUGCAGUCUCAGCUGGAGACAGUCCAUAAUGCAAACUCCACCAGCAUUGGUUUUACUACACCUAACACCUUUGCUUCAACAAGUGAAACUUCAUUCUUUCUCUGGGGACCAUCAGGUAGUGGAGUUAUAAAAACCUCAGUAUCUAGGCCAAGUAACAGGAUCAAAACUAGGUGGACUCAGGUUUUCAGUCCAGAGAUACAAAUGAAGUUCGAUAAGAUCACUGCUGUGGCAAAGGGUUUUCUCACUCGUAGACUCCUGCAGACAGAAAAACUGAAACAUCUUAAGCAAACUGUAAAAGAUACUAUGGAGUUCAUAAAAAAUUUUCAGUCUGAAGCCCCGUUAAAAAGAGGAAGUGUUUCAGCACAAGAUGCAUCCCUUCAUGAAAGAGUAAUGGCUCAGCUGCGAGCUGCUCUGUAUGACAUCCAUGACAUCUUUUUUGCAAUGGAGGCAUCGGAAAGAAUGAACAUUCUGCGUCAUGAUCGUGAAGUUCGUAAAGAGAAGAUGCUCAGGCAAAUGGAUAAAGUAAAGAGCCCAAGAGAGAGAGCAACACUUUCAACAGCUACGCAGAAAUCUCUGGACAGGAAAAAGUACAUGAAGGCUUCAGAAAUGGGAAUGCCAAGUAAAAAAAUAAUCAUAAAACAAAAAACUCCUGAAAGCCGCGUACUUCAACCAAAUCAAGGACAGAAUGCCCCAGUUCAUAGACUGCUUUGCAGGCAAGGAACCCCUAAGACCUCAAUGAAGGGGGUUGAGCAAAAUAGAAAGAAGGCCUCAGAGAGCAGAGUGUCUAACAAGGCUGUUUCAGUACUUUGUGAAGCCAAGAGAAGUGGCCAUAGAAGGAUGUAUAGUAAGAAAUUAUGCAUACACUUUUGUAGCAUUUCAGUUUGAAGAAGGAAAAAAAAAAAGGAGAAAAUAAAAAAAGCAAAUGAUGAGAUUACAACCAAGGUUUGUUAAUUUAUUUUUCUGUUGCAAAUGCUCCUGGCAGUGCUGUCGCCACUAAAGGAGAGCAAGGCAGUUCUGUUGCACACAGUGACAGUACAGAAAAAUUAGCAAAGGUAGUAAAUAAUCUCUCUGAAAUAUGAAGAAGCAAAUAAAGUAAGCAAUAUAAUUUUAGCAACCAGAGGUAGCCAUUAAGGCAAGUUUUCAUCUGCAAGUUUGCAAAAAUGUGUCUGGUAUUAACUAGUAAAUGAGAGUGCUGAAGAACAGGGACAACAAAACAAUCAAGACCUCUACGAGUUACAGUAUGACAGAGGUUGUAAAAGAGUAGUAGUAUAAGGGUGGUAUCAGUGUCAAGUUUAGUAGUGAUUUGAGAUUUGGAUGCCAUCCCCAAUCUCGUAUAAUUCAUUCUCAGCUCAGCUCAUAAUGAUCUACAGUGUUUUUUUACAUUUGUGUCUGGCAUCAGACAUCCAAUUAAAGCAUUCUUUCUUACUCUUCUGUGUUGGCAGCAUGUGCUGCUCUGCUAAGUAAGUCCCUGAGUUUAUCUUGGUCAUAAUUAUUUAAGUCGUGACAGUUGAUACUUGGCAAUGAAAAGAAUCCUUUGGGAUGUAUCUCUAAAUUUCUCUUUGCCUUUCCUUACUGCUAUUUGUUGAAUAUCUGGAAAGCUAUUUAAUGCCUUCUAUAGUGGCCUUCUUGGAACUUAAAGCAGAUGUGGCUAAUCAGUUGUAUGCUCCCUAGUUCUUGUUGCACAAAGUAAACUCAUUUAGUGGUUGGACGUGUCAUGUUCCCAUGGCGUAAUACCAAUACUUCCAUGUGCUCCUUUAUAAAUAGGUUAGACUACUUGUACUAAAUGAAUAGAAAUGCUUUCUGAAAUUAUUAGAUGAGGAACACAUCGCAUGAAAGAAAUAAUCUGCAUGAUUUUGCAAUAACAAAACUUAAGUUGAAUACAUUUAAAUAGAACACGGUUUUCUUUAUAUAUGAAUAAAAUGUGAAUAGGGAAAGGCUUAGCAGUAUGUUGAAUAGGGUUUUUUUGUUAAUAAUUUUUUUAAAAUAUGGGGGUUUUUUUGAGUAAUAAAAGUGUCUUCUUCAAGAGAGAUCCAUGAAAGUCAUCUGUAGUGAGGCAAUAAGUUCUGUCUGGGAAGGACCAUAGACAGAGAAACUAUAAUCUCAAGUCAAUUUGAAAAGAAAGUGUAAAAAGCCAAACAAAUGCAUAUACUUCUCUUAUUUUAGUAGAAGUUGUGCAUGUCGGAAAAGACAGACUGGUAGCAGUGGCUUGUUCUAGGCAAUACAGAGAUUUUUUUAUAUCUGCAACUAUACCAGUCUGCUGUACUCCUAACGCGUAAUAUUUUGAUUAAAUUUCUUGUCUUCAUUCAUCCCUGACUCCCAGUUAAAUUGUGCUUAUCAGAGGGGCGAAAGGGAAGGAGGGUUAGUAGAAUACAGCUAUUAUAAAUACAUUCAAAUUAGACAAACCCUCAGAAGAAAACAAUAAUGUACUCAUCCAACUUUCCUUUUACUUUUUUUUUUUUUCCAUUCUUCUAAUUGUUGUUUUAAAUUCUGUCUGCAAAGUGCUUUGUAGCUUUAAUACCUCUCUGAUUGAUUGUUGUCAUUUUCUGGCAAAAAGUUGUUUUGUUUAGGAAUCAAUUGGUGAUUGUAAAUUUAGUUUUUGUUGUUUUGUACUUCUUCAAUCCAAAGUUCUGUGCUAAAGAGAAAAGUACAAACUGAUAAAUCCAUAAAGAGUCUUAUCUAAUGAUUUUUUUUUUUAUUAUUAUUAUUUUAAAUAGGACCAAGGUAGUCAGUCAAUAGCCUACAAGCUGUGCCAGGCAAGGCAUUUAAUGUGGUCUGAUUGUAUUAGAAAGAAGGUGCUUGAGAUCAGGCUGCUGCUACAACUAGGCAUAUUCAUCUCCUUUGUUUCUGGCCAGUCUGAGUAAGUGUUGUGGAAAAGAAACGUGGGGCUUGAGGCACAUGGAGUAUUUGGGUGGCAGCAGCACUUGGCCAAGCGUGGUCUUUCCCACAUGCCUGUCCAGCCUGAGCAGGGCGCAGAUGGCCCGUGUGACAUGGUGUGUGCUGUGAAGUGUGCCAGCAUUCAAGCCAGCACUUCAGGAAGGCAUCAGACUUGCUAUGUGUGAGUAGCAGGUCAAUUGCGUGACAUAGGAGAGAGGCCUCGUGUAAUUGCUCCCCCUGGCACUGAGAAAGGUUGGGUGAUAAUUGUAUUCAGAAGGACUGUAACUCUUUUUAAUAAAAUUUGGCUUCUUCAAACCUAGUGCUGGGUUUUUUACACUUCCCUAUACUGUCCUAUUCCGUAUGUGAGAUUUUUACAUAACUCGUGCACUUGAGGAGAAUUAA